AUGGCUGAAAUAAAUACCUUAAGUAUUAAAUAACAUUAAUAAACUUAACAAUCUGACUUUCAAGAAAAGGCAUUUAACUAGAACUUAGUUUUCAUUGUUGAAGAUAAACAAGCUUCAGAUUUUGAAAGAUUGUAACACUAGAAUGAUCUUUCGUCUUUGUACAGCUCACAGAAAUAGGCCUAUAACUUUGAUAGUAUAGGGGGUCGAAAUAGCGACGAGUAUAUCGAAUCUAUGCUGAAUAGUAGAAAUUAAACAUUCAACAAAAAUUAGUAAAAAUUCUAACAGCAAAAAAUAAGAUUGAGAAGUUCAACGACUUUUAAUUUGGAAGAAAGGAAUAGCGAAAAUGAUUAAGAGUUAAAAAUACUUCAACAAAUCAAGAAUUCCCAAAAAAAGAAUGUUUGGCAACAAAUUUCAGAAAAUAUUUUAACUCCAUUUGCACCAAAAUUUUAAGUGUUGUAUGAUAAUUCAAAAUUCAUUCCUGAAGAUUUACUGAAGAUGGAAAAAGACGAAGAUAGGGAUCAAACACCUUACUCAGAAGAAAAAGAAAUUAAUUGGGAAUCUAGUGAAUAUGAUAGUGAUGAAAACAAUUCUUAAAUUUAAAAAAAUAACCAUCAUAUUCCUUCACUCGUAACUUCCCCUUUGCUAAGAAAGAAAACAAGAACUGAAAAUUUUGAUACACUGUUAUAAAAAGCAUAGCUUCAAGAACCGUUUCUACAUACAAAGUUAAUAAAAUAAAUUACUGAGAGCAAUGAAUAAAUGUAAAAAAGAAAAUCUGAAUAUUCACCACUUCGUUAUAAAUCAUUAAAUUCCAAGAGUUUCUACUCAAAAGUUAGUUUUGCUGACCAAAAUAAGACGAACACUUCUAACUUAUUAUUAAGUUAAAAGAAUUUCAUGAGAAAGGUUAGAUUUGAGCACUUGCCUAAUACUAUUAAGGAAUAAGUAACAAAUAAAUCGAAUGAUCUUUCAUCUAGCUAAUAUUAAGUGAUAUCUAAAAAAUAAUCAACAAAUAAAAUAUAUUUAGAUAAAAUUCUUAUCAUUCUAGAGAAUUAAGAUAAAAAUGCUUUGCAAAAAAUAUAUGUUCCAAAAUUAAAAGAUUAAAUUGAUAAAAGUUAGGUAAAAAAUAGAAUUCUUAGUGCUACUGCCUCACUUCCAACAAGAGAAUAAAAGAAAAAGUUAUUGAAUUUGUAGAAUGGUAAAUUAUAAAUUGAUGCAUCAAAUUCGAAUAAGAUUUAAUCUGAAGACUUUCAAAAAUACUUAAGAAGGAGAUCUUGCUGCUGCGAAGAAUGUGGAGGUAUCAAUUCUAAAUUAGAAAGAAUAAAAGAUUUAGUUUUGGAUAAAGAUAUUCCAGUGAAAUAGCAAAAAAAAUCACCUUAAAAUAAAAUAUCAAAUUUAAACUCGCCUGUUUCAUCUUAGAGCAAAAAAAGUUCAUUUGAUUCUAGAUUUUAAAGAAAAAAAAACCUGACAACUAAAAUCAAUGUCAUUCAAUCCAAUAACUAAAGCUAAAGCGAAAUUCAAAAAACAGCAGGAUCAAGCCACAAUGUUUCUCUCUCCAAAAUACCCUCAUUAAAUGAAACCUAAACAUUUAAAAAUUAAAAUGAUAAAAAGCAAGCUGGUAUCGAAAGUUUCAAAGACGCAAUAAAUGAAAACAGUUAAAAUUCUCCAAUAAAAAAACGAAGUUAGAAGAGAUAUGAAACAACUUAACCUUUUAGUUCUUUAUAGAGAGCUCCAAGUUUUAAAACUCUAAGAUAGGAAAGAGAAAUAAAAAUAUAAAAGCAACAUGAAAUAUCACAAGAAAGGAAUAUAGAUGAAUAAAAUAUAGAACAAACACAAUUCUAAAGUAAUUAAGAAGCAGAUAAGUAAUUUUUAAGAGAAAAUGACAAGAUUGAAGAAAAUAAUUUAGAAAACUAACAGAAAAAUAAAAAUGAAUGCUAAUAGAAAAUGAUUAGCCAUAUUUUAUAGGAAUAUGAUUCCUAACAAAGAAGAGAUAGUUCAGAAUAAAUUUAACAAGCGAAAAAUAAAAGCAAAUAAACUAAUUCACUACCUAAAAUUGAUUAAAAGUAAACAUAAAAAAGAUGCCAAUCAGUCUAAAAUGGUAUUUCUCGUAAAAGAAGUGAAAGUGAUAUUAUUUUUGGUAGAGAUGAAGAUUUAAAUAUAAAUAAAUAUGGCAAUAGUACUUAAAAAGAUAAAGCCUCCACUAAUAAUCAUCUUCUAGGUAAAAGAGAAAUAUAAACUUCUUCUAGAGAAACAAGAUUAAGGAACGAAAGGAGUUUACCAAACAUACUAAGCAAGAAAUAGUUGACAAAUCAAACACAUAAUGAUGGUUUCAAACAAAAAUAUAAAGAAAUAAUUGAUUAUGUAAAUAAUGAAGAAAAAAAUUAAGUAAUUUAGGAAAAUUACAUUAAAAAAAUUUAGAAAAAUAAUAAAAAAACAGCUGUAUCUGAUAAACUUUAAGCUUAUUAGAACCCAAAUGAAUUAGUAUUUAAAACUAAAUAGUAAAUUAUAGCAGAAUCAUAUAAAUAGUUAUUCGAUCAAUAAAAAAAGUAUUCUAUAAACCAUAAGCACAAAUCUCACCCUUUAGUAGAUCUAAAUAUCUAGAAAAGGUAAUCCAAUUUUAUGUAAACGAACACUUAGUAUGAGAAUUUUAACUUACAAACUAAUGAUAUCAAUGAAUAAAAUUAAACAACCAGGAAAAAAAGUAGAUCUAAAAAGCGUUCAAAAAACACCUCCUUAAAAGAAAAUAUGGAAAAAUUAAAAACAGUUUAUGAUAUUUGA